CUGUAUAGCCCUUGAAACUUUUUCUAACAGCACAAUACUCAAUAGAAACAACGUCAAAUAUCCAAAAACAUCCAAACACAAAUGCAUUAUACCUAAACUCCUUCACUAUACUUAAAGUUCCAUGCAUUGCAGUACCGGCCCUUCGCUUCCCGUACAGUGCAGCCAUGGCGAGCAAUGUGGGUGUCGGGGAUGGUACCAAUAAACCCCUCUUCACGCCGCAGGAGAUCGACCAGAUAGCCAAAUACCUGAUAAUGAACCAGAGGAGGCAGCGUGAGAAACUGAUCCUACCCAGAAGUUUCACUCAAACCGUCAUUAAGUCCCGGGAGGAGAAGACCGUGGAAGCGGUAUUCGAGAGCUGCUCCUUCAAGGCGGUGCUCUCGCUGGUGGCCGGGUUCGUGCUUGGUGGUGGCAUCGGUCUGUUUGCUGCCAGCGUCACCCCCACCAUCCCUACACCAGACAAGCCUCAGCCAACAGCGCGGGAGGUUCUUCGAGAGUUGAAAGUUUCUACCCUGUCCUAUGGAAAGAAUUUUGCUGCAAUUGGCUUCAUGUUUUCUGGUGUGGAGUGUGCCAUUGAAUCUUACCGAGGGAAGACUGACUGGAAGAAUGGCACCUACGCUGGAGGCAUCACAGGUGGAAUCCUAGGACUUAGAGCUGGUGUCAAGGCUGGCGUAGUUGGAGCAUUUGGCUUCGCAGUUUUUUCGUUUGCAAUUGACUACUACAUGAGACACUGAUUAAUAAUUAUUAUGUUUAGGGAUCUCAAUUUUUGUGUAGUUGGUACGAAUUGGUUGAAUGGUCAGUUGUGACGAAUCUUGUGCUGAAAGGUGUCUGUAUCUUUUGAGCUCUUCUUUUUAUAUAAUAUAAUGAGAUCUUUGUCACUGAUAUACAUAUUAAUCAAGUAAUAUAUGUUUGAAAUGGACUAGUUGAGUUUACAAGUCAGGAAGGAGUCAGUUUUCAGAUUGACUGGAAUGCACUCAGUAAUCAGACUUAGUGCAGAAUCAAUUGGGAGUUUAAAAAAAAUUUGACAAAUUUUGGGAGGGAGUAAUAGAAUCAUAUGAGAUAGACAUAUUCUAUAAAAUGACUGUCAUGUGCAGAUCUGCUGGCUUGCAUUUGUGUUAUGUUCUAAUGAGGUGUUUCAAUAAGAGAAUGAAGUCUUUCCUGCUUUAGUCAUCUCAUUGAGGGAUUUCAGUUAGUAAAUAUGAAAAAUAGACUCUUAGAUUUGUACUAGUGUGUUUUUAAAUAUGCUGAAUCACAGCUGAAUUGAAGUUAAGUUUUGCUAAGUGUACAGUGUUGGGGACGAAGACUAGCAGUGUAUAUAAGGGUGAAUACAAAAUCAAAACUGAGGGAAGGAGCAAUGAUAUUUCUUUCUUUAGUGAAGUAUCUUUCUGUUGUCUUGUUUAUUGCAUGAAUGCAGAUGAUUAUUUGUAACUUCAUUAUGAAAAGAUACCUUGUAAAAAAAAAUUGAAUCAUAUUAUUUUCUUCAGAAAUUGUUCAGUUUGAAGAUAACAUAUAGAAACUUAAAGAAUCAUGCAUUAUUUUCUUCAUAAGCUGUUUAAUCUGAAAGAAAAAUCAUAGUUCAUCACAUAAACUGGACAUAUGUAUUUGUGUAUGCAUAUAUGUGUUGUUAGCAUUGAAAAGUUACAUUAUGAAUAUAUUUUGUACAUAUUACAAUGAA